GCGAGAGUUUUGCGAAGUCACCACAAGCGACCAAAGCUGUUAUUUACCGUUGCUUGACUGAGCAGGCCAGAGACCAACACGCAAUGAUGUUCGUGAAUUGGUUCAGGGUGUGCGUGGCUGGAUUUAUUUGGUUGUUACUACCGGUGUUCGCUGAUAACCAAGUACCACGGAUUACUCGCCGUUACCCCCUGAUUGUAUCGUACGGUAGGACCUUAUGGCUUGACCCACAACAACACUUGAAAAUCGAAGUUCCUGUCAGAUAUCGUUGCGAGGUCAGCGUAGUUCGUGACGACCCUUUAACGGAGAGAACCGGUUUUUUAAAACCGGAUAAAUUCCCCUGUGACUUUCCGAUAGAUGAAGUUCGCUACGUUCAUCUAGGAUCAAAGGCACCCAGUAAGGAUUUUGUAAAGCUAAGCAUUCGUGUGGAUUCCGCAACACAGACCACAAUUCGUCGUGUUGUCCUCGACAUUACGGUCAACUUCUUACCCAUGAGAAUUGUUACUAAAAACAACGAUUUAAUCGUGAGUGGUCCGGGCAACAUCUCAACCAGCAUCAACGAUCAAAUAUUGCAAUUUGCGUACGAUGCAGAAAGAAUGGAGACGUGCAGAGUUAUAAUUCGUAACUCCGAAAACGGACUUCCACGCUAUGGUCGGUUGCUCAACAUCAAUAAAAACAAUUCGUUUGAUCCUGUAUUUCCUUGUUCAGAGUUCCUGGCUGCAGACAUACGGUAUGAACACACAAAGGGAGAACAAUCUCCAAAUAGGGACUACAUUCCCAUGACAGUCGAAAUUCAUCGUCAAACUGGGGAGUAUGUCAAGGAGCAUUUCCAAGUAGCCGUACGGAUACUUGGCGCAAGAAAGAAUCAAAGACCUAUGGCGUCUUUUCAAGCAUCAGAAUUACUGUCUGUGGACCAGUACGUCACAAAGCUUAUCACAACUGAUGUUUUGGAUGCCGAGGACGCUGAAACGAAUGCCGACUAUUUGAUUUUCAAUAUCACGAAACCCCUCGCUGCCGGACAAGGAUACAUUGUUAGUACCGAUGAUCCAUAUACACCAAUAACCUCAUUUUAUCGAAAAGACAUAAGAGAUUUGAAAAUUGCCUAUCAACCUCCAUUGCAAAUAACUAGUUUAAAUGGACCUUUGGAAGUUGUGUUUGAGGUGAUUGACACUGAAGCUUUUCAUUCUGAACCAAUAAGACUGCUCAUAAAAGUAUGGCCCAGAAACACCUUAGCACCAAUAGUAACGAAAAAUAAAGAACUUGUGCUUUUUGAAGGCCAGUCACGAAUUAUAUCAUCAAGCAAUAAUCUACAAAUCUUGGACAAAGACAAUAUUAAUGAGGUGAAGAUUUAUGUAGUUGGUGGCUUGAGAUAUGGAGAAUUAUAUGUGAAUCGAAGAGUUUCCAAGUGGUUUACACCUAAAGACCUUGACAAUGGAACAAUUAUUUACCAACAUGAUAAUUCUGAUACUUAUAGCGACAAUAUUAUAUUGAAUGCUACUGAUGGAGAACUAUAUGUCGAAUUUGUAUUUGUAAUUAAUAUCAUCCCUGUGGAUGAUGAAAUGCCUGUUGUGGUUUGCAAUACAGGUCUGGAACUUGAAAAAGGCGAAAGUGCAAUAAUUGAUGAGUAUUCCUUAAGAGCUAGUGACAUUGACUCAGAUGAUGACAAACUGGAGUUCCUUGUGGGGAGACAGAUACAAUACGAACGAUACUGGCAGGAUGGAAUGACCAAACCAGGCCUGGGUGUUGGAUUUCUGAUGCUAAAACAAAAGGAGCAACCUGUUGAUGAUGUUGAAAGGUGGAUUAAAUCAGGGUCAUACUGGUUGAAAACAGAUCUUGAGAGUUUUACUCAGGAAGAUAUUGUGAAUCGGAAAGUGCAUUAUGUUCAUAAUGGAGUGGAAGUUUUUGAAGACAGGUUUUUUUUCCAAUUAGUAGACAAUGCUGAGACACCUAACCAAUCUGGUAUCAAGGUGUUCAAUAUAAUGAUAAAACAAGUGGAUGUUAAAUUCCCAACAGUUCAGGGCAGUAUGCAUGCAGAAGUAAGAGAUUCACAUUUGAUAAAAUUAACAAAGAACAUGCUAUGGUUUCGUGAUGCAGAUUCUGAUGACAUGAAACUACUUUAUUCAAUAAAGCAAACACCUUACUUUGUUUCAAGUUCAAAUCAAACAAUGCCUGCAGGCUCAAUUGUUCUAACCCACAAACCAGAUACAAUUGUGUCCAGUUUUACUCAGCUACAGCUACAACAUCACAAGAUCUCGUACAAACCACCUUCUGGACUAUACCGGCACACGGACAUGGAUGUGCAAUUCAAAUUUAGUGUUUCCGAUCCAGCUGGUCAUAGUGUGGACAACCAAAUCUUUCGUAUCAGACUCUUUGCUGAGAAUAGUCAAGUCAAUCCUACAAAGAUAGUUAAGCUUCUCAUUAAUGAAGAUGGAAAGUUGUAUUUCUCAUCAAGACGUCAGUUAAAAUGGCAGUGGCAACAGUUUGUCAUUGUUUCUUUGCCUACAUAUGGAAUACUUUUCAAAAAUGGACAAAGACUAGACAUUGGUGGUGGUUUCACUGUAGAUGAUAUUAACAAUAGAAGGCUGCAAUAUGUACGAAGGCGUGAUAGCAAACUUGAUGAAAUACAAAUAAGAGAAACUAGUGGAAAGGAGAUGGCAACUUUUCAGAUUCAAGCAGCUUCGGAUGCAAAACAUAGAAAUGUAGACACUCGGGCAAGGAAUCGUGCUCCGUCUUUGAUCAAAGUUUCUGCGAUCAGCGUAGAAGAAGCAGGCUCGGCAUUUAUAACAAGCCAGGAACUUCAGGCUACGGACCCCGACACCGAUGACCUGAAACUGCUUUUCAUGGUGACUGCUUUUCCAACACAUGGUCAACUGUUAGUGAAUGGCACUGAAGUGAAUAAUUUUACGCAAUCGGACGUGCUCAGGAAUCUUGUUGUUUAUAGUCAUGGAGUGGAGGAGAUUGGCGUCGAAGAGGCACACGAUUUCUUCAAUCUGACGCUCUCUGAUGACCCCCAAGGACAGGAAUCUCACAAAAUUGGUUUCACAUUCCACGUGCGGAUUUCCCCGGUUGACAACAAAGAACCGAUCAUAGAUAUCAAAAGCCCGCUUGAAGUUUGGGAGGGAGAGAAGGUUACCGUGACCAAGACUAAUCUUAUCGUCACCGAUCGCGACACCAUUCCUGAUGACGUCACAUGUCAAAUCGAUGCCUCGCCAUUGGAGGGAUUCUUAGAGAACAUCGCGCCAUCAACAGGCAUGGAACAGUCGCAGCAGGGCAUCCCUAUCAUUUCGUUUACUGUGAGCGACUUACUGUUACAAAGGAUCAACUAUGUUCAAAGUAAUCAUCUUCGCAACGAACCGAAAAGCGACUUCUUUGCUUUGUCUUGUUCCGACGGUCUACAAGACUCUAUGCGUCAUAUGAUGAUAAUUGAUAUCAUUGGGAGGAACGACGAAGUCCCUCAACUAUUUCUUACCAAUUUUCAAGUGGAAGAAGGAAAGAGUAUGACCAUUGAUUCAGUUUUGUUGAAUGUGAACGACCGGGAUGUCCCGAAAGAUAAUUUGACCCUAAAAAUAUUGAAGCCCCCAAAACAUGGCAUAGUCGUGGAUAUGUCGACGUUCGUGUCGCGGUCUGAGUCGAUCACAAUGUUCCCUUUCAAAAAGAUCAAGCAGAACGUCAUCGCGUACUAUCACGACGGUACGGAGACUACCGAAGAUAUUCUGCAGUUUGCCGUCACGGAUGGAGUACAUGAGGUGAGAAAGGACGUCGUUAUCAACAUUCUUCCGGUGAAUGACGAAACUCCGCGACUUGUUACGAACACCGGUUUGGAACUUACGGAAAUCGGUGAAACACGUAUGAUCACCUCGAGAGCACUGCGCGCAGAUGAUGUCGAUUCUCCGAAUGCAAAUUUGACAUACAUCAUGCGGAGUAUUCCGUCAUUGGGUCAACUAACACGGUAUGAACGGAACGGGCGUGUUGUUAACAUAACCCGCGGUUCGAGGUUUACUCAAAAUGACAUUGAUCGAGGUAGGUUGUUCUAUACCGAUCUUUCAGUUGAGGGCAGCGCACGAAAGGAAUUUCGUUUUGAUGUCACGGACGGCACAAACUCAUUGGUGAACCAGGUGUUCUACAUAAACAUGAAACCCGAAGAUAAGCUUUAUCCUAUUGUUCAAAGUAAAGGUGUAAGCUUAAAGAAAGGUUCCUCGGUUACGUUGAGCACUGACAUUAUUUCAAGUACAGACCCUGAUAGUCCUGACAAAGGACUUGAAUAUCACAUCACAAAGCCACCGACAAAAGGUAUAAUUACUAUGAGCGACCAACCAACCGUCCCUAUCAGAAGAUUUAGCCAACUUCAUUUGGCUGGUCAUAAAGUGAAAUACGUUCACACAAGCGAGGAUGGCAGCAAAUUGGACAGUUUUCAGUUCGAGGUGAGCGAUGGUCAACAUAACGUAAUGAGGAAAUUUCGUAUCUCACUCCUCGAUGGUGAUAACACACGUACUGUGGUUAGAUAUGGCCGACUGACUCUUUCCGAAGGAGAGACAAGGGAAAUCACAUCGUUUGAACUGAAAGCCGAGGAUCCAGAUAAUACGGCAAAUACACUAAUCUUCACGAUAACUCAAAUUCCGGUAAACGGAUUCAUUAUGAAACUUGGUAAACCGACCAUGAUGUUCACGCAAAGAGAUAUUGAUAACAAUCUGAUCAGUUAUCAACACGAUGGAACAGACACGACUCAAGAUUCAUUUUCAUUCACAGUUUCGGAUGGUACCCACCUAGACUAUUAUGUUUAUCCAGACACAAAAACGUUGACAAGACAACCUCAGACGAUGGAAAUUGAUAUACAAGCAAUUGAUAAUAAAACACCCCAGAUGAUCAUCAAUCGUGGUGGAACCACGCUUGAGACGAUUCCUGGGGGAGGAUUGGGACUCUGUUUAUCCAGUGACCUUUUAAAGGCGUUCGAUCCUGAUAGCAAUAGCACCCAAGUGACCUACCUAAUUUCUGAACCCCCUGAAUUCGGUACACUGAUAAAUAUUGCCAAAGGCAAUGCUAGCUUGUCGGAGUUCCGACAAAGUGAAAUCGAUGAUGGUCUGAUAUACUUCAUGUUAAAUAAGAAUGAAUUGAAUGCAACUUCCGAUCGCUUUUACUUUGACUUGGUAGACUAUGGUAUGAAUGAACUACCAAAUCAUAGAUUUUCGCUGCAUUGGUCACGUAUAUCAUUGGAGCGCACUGUGUAUAAAGUUUCCGAAAUAUUUCGUUCAGUCGUUAUAACUUUGGUGAGGAAUGGAUUUUUGGGCGAGUCAUCGUUCAUUGGAAUUAGGACGCUUGAUGGAUCGGCGAAGAUUAAUGAAGAUUUUGUUCCAAAUUCUGCUAAACAAGUUCAGUUCAAUCCAGGAGAAAGAUAUAAAACAUGGGUGAUCCUCCUCCGCGAUGACAAGAAGUACGAAGGAUCAGAACAGUUCACUGUGCAAAUACAUUCACCUGUCAUGGCCAUUAUGAGCAGACGUUGUAAAGCAACGAUAACCAUAACAGAUGCAGAAGACAGAUCUGUUAUUUCCGUUUCGAAAUUGAAGUACUUUGUUCAAGAAUCUUCUGGAGUGGCAAACGUGAGGCUUUACCGUAAUGGAGAUACUUCAAAAAGAGAUCAAGUUUUGUGCAUCACUCACUCGGGCACCGCCAUUGGCACGUAUGGCGCUGGCGUUCAGUCUUACUCUGAUUUUAUUAGCAAGUUUGAGGAAAAGGCAAAUAUUGUGGUGUUUGAUCAGGGAGAAAGAGUGAAGAAUUGUUCAGUGCAAUUGAUAGAUGAUUCACUUUACGAAGAUGAUGAAGAAUUUUCAGUGGAAAUUUUACCAAAUGCCGACACUUUAGUAAAUCCCAGGUUCAACAGAACGCUCGUUGUAAUUAAACCUGACGUAAAUGAUGAGCCUCGAGUAUAUUUUGACCGGACGAGAUACCAAGUUGAUGAAAAUGGUGAUAUUUGUCAAAUUACCGUAAAAAGAUCUGGCAGUGAUUUGUCUAAAGAUUCUUCAGUAGUUGUCAGGUCAAAGAAAACCAAUCCUGUAUCCGCAAAAGCUAACAUGGAUUACAUUCCUGUAUCGAAGACCCUGUAUUUCCCACCUGGCGUACGCUCACAGACUGCGAAUAUCGUCAUAUUGGACGACCUUGGCCAACCAGUACGUGAAGGUCUUGAGUAUUUCCAGUUAGUACUAGCUCUUCCUAUCGAUGCUCGCGUUGCCAUGCCUGGAGAGUCUUUGGUUGCCAUCAAUGAUACUCGAUCUGAUUUGCCCAAAAUUCAGUUCAAAGAUUCACUCUAUACUAUCGAUGAAGAAGAUGGAUUGCUAUCUGCAAUACUUGUACGCAGCGGUGAUUUGAGUCAACGUUCGGCUGUACGAUGUUAUACACGACAAAAGACGGCGAUUGCUGGUGUUGAUUAUUACGAAAGAUCAAAUACUGACGAGGAUGUUGUCAAUUUCGAACCUGGCGAGACGACCAAGGAGUGCGGAGUAGCCAUUAUCGAUGAUUCGCUUUACGAGGGAAAUGAGGAAUUCCGCUUGGUGCUUGCCCAACCUCAAUUUCUUCAUGGUGUUGGGAAAAGUUUGAUUGGCAAGAGAUCUCAUACUACUAUCAGGAUUGUUGACAAUAAUGACCGAUCUGCCAUUGGAUUCAAACAGAAAAGACACUUUGUCAAUGAACCAACUGAUGAGGACGAAGAUAGAUACGUGAGAUUAGUCCUUGUUCGAAAUGGUGAUACAUCGAGAACCUCAGAAGUCCGCUUAUACACAAAAGAUGGUUCUGCUAAAGCCGAUAAGGAUUUUGCACCUUUGAGCAAAGUUUUGACUUUCGGUCGAAAUGUGUCACGACUUGAAGUUAGCGUAAAGAUCCUGUAUGAUAACGAACGUGAAAUGAGAGAGGCUUUUACGGUGCAUAUAACCAAAGACCGCAACCGCGUGGCUUUGAUUGAAAGUAGCAAAGUGAUCGUGUAUAUUCAAGAAAAUUUGUACCGAACAGGUGUAACGUUUCCGCUCGUCCCAACGGUUGUCUCGUUACUGGACUAUGAUGAUAUAAGCAAGGCAAAAUCAGAACCGCUGCACGGGUACCCGGUGAUUUGCGUUACUGCCUGUGAUCCUAAACACCCGCGGUAUUCCGAAACCGGGACUUUGUGUAGUAGACAAUCAAUAGACUACACUAAGACACGAUACAGCUGGGAGGUAGCAGCCGCCACAGCAAAAGAUGGUGUAACGAAUGAAUUUAGGUCCAUUGAUUCUCAAACAUUUUUCGCAAGUACUUCCAUGAUAACCUUGGACAGUAUUUACUUCGGUCCUGGCAGUAGAAUACGUUGUACAGCUCGUGCUGUAACUUACGCAAAUUAUCAGGGCCUGGACUCGACCAGCGAACCAUCCACAAUAAGUCGUGAAGAAGGUUUGUGCUUACCAGAAAAACUGGGAGAUAUAGGCUCAGAAUCGUUUUCUGCACAAAUUACUUAUACGGGAUUGCAAAGUUUAACCCAUCCCAACAUGAUCCGAAUUCGUGUCCUUGUGCCCCACAUCGAUGGCAUGCUUCCUGCAAUAUCUACCAAGUCGCUGUCGAACUUUGAGAUAGCAUUAACCGCUGAUGCCUCGCGUCGCGGGCAGCAUCUUUGCUCCAAUCUACUGGAUUCACAUGAAGUUCAAACGAAAAGUGGAUUUUUAACUGACCAAGUUACUCGCAUGUCUGGCGGCACAGAGCCGUACCAAUAUAGCAGUAAUCUUCGAGGCGAGUCAACACUGCGGUUUUAUCGCAAUCUAAAUCUAGAGGCUUGUAUGUGGACAUUUGAAAAUUAUUACACAAUGUCUGAGCUGGUACAAGAGUGCGGAGGAAAGAUAGCAACCGAUGGUCAAGUACGUGACCUCACGCGUUCACAUUUGUCCGUGCGCGUCCCAUUAUACGUGUCGUAUAUCUAUCAUUCUCCCAGUGCUCUCGGUGGAUGGUUGCAUUUUGAUCACUCCUCGUAUCUCAGAAUGUCGUUCACAUACAAUACGGCGGUAUUAUUGAAGGAUGGGAUUGGUUCACCUGAAGGAUCCAAACCCCUGGGAUCCAUUUAUCCCACAGGGGUCGUAAUUCGUCCACAAGACAAACGAUUAGUGGUGACAUUCAGGACAGUGGCCAGAUUUAGAGGAACCUUCAUUCUUAAACACGAAGAUCCAAACAUGUCCUCGCAGGUCAUUUCUCCAGACCAGCCAAACCUCAGGUUUCAGUUAAAGUUACUGCGCAGUACACCAACUUACAACUCCCCUGAACAGAUGUGGCAAUUUGAGUCAGAAUUUUCCGUUCGUGAUUACAGUGGAAAGUACUACAUCAAACUCAUUCCAUGCACUGUUACUAAGGACGUGAAAUAUUCUCUUCCUCUGAAAUGUAAUGCAAGAACUCCAACCACCCUCACGUUGUCGAUCAGAUUUCAGCAGACGAGAGAUCCUGAUGCCGUGGAAUUUAAUGUUCGUACCCAGUUCUUCCUUCUUGCUCGACGCUCUGUCUGGUUGUCAAAUGAAACGAAGAACGUGAUGGAGCAAUCGGACGCUGCUUUUUCAUUAGGCUCCGUUAUUUACGGUCGUAUCAUGGUAGAUCCUGAACAAAAUUUAGGAAGUGCCUACCAUGUUUCUGUUGAAAAGGUAUUUGUGUGCAGCGGCCUGGACGGUUACAUUCCUCAGUAUAACCCUGAUAGUGACGAAUAUGGAUGUCUUGCCGACUCAGCAUCGUUGGGUAAUCGUUUCAAGAUUUUGGAUCGCGGAGCUCCACAGAAGAUCACCCGAAAGUUCCGUAACGUCCCAUUUUCAGCUAAGUUAGCUAUUGAUGAUAAGGAAGCUCAUGCUUUGGUAGAACAACCAAACUCUGAUGGCUUCAAAUUUGACAGUUCUCCCUUGUUCCAGGUCGCUAGCGGUCGUCAGUGGUAUCUUCAUGCCAUCUAUACAAUCCGAUCAUUUGGCGCCUCCACUCGCGGUAUCGGCAAACGAAGCACGAAGAGUCGUCGCCAAUCUUCCCACGUAGUUCAUUCCUUGUCUAAGCGCUCAUCUCAGAAAACGUCCGACGAGUCACGACAAGGAGCGGCUUUGUUACGCUCCAUCAAAUUGGUGUACAAGAAUGAUGAUGACACAGAAGAUGGCAAAAAUAAUAAUGUUAAGGAAAAGAUUCGCAAAAAUACCAAUGAUGACGAGAGCAGUUCACUUUCUUUUAAAUGGGUCUUAAUUGUAGUUGUUGCUGUCUGCUUUAUUUUAUUGGUUGCUGUGAUUGUCUUGGUGAUGUUGUACAGGCGUAAAUCAAGACCGGUUACCACGAAGGUCGUGGAUCCGGGUGAACAGAUGCAAGGAACUGAGGUCUAAACCUGCAUUUAGUUGUUAAGCACAAUCACGAUGAUCUAUAGAAAGAACUGCAGAGAGUACAUGCACUUGGCGCAUGCAUGUCAUGCAAACAUACAACUCAUGCUGAUUCAGUCACGUGAUAAGAAGAGUCUGUGGAAAGAUCUGAUUUUUGUUCAGACACUGCAGCAAUGUUCCUGCUACAAGCUAUGGUUAGAAAAUUUUAUCGGAAAAUGUUGACCAUUCUUGAAAGCAAAAUGACAGUCCAGACGCGUGCUUGGUACAUAUAUAGUAACAUAACAAUGGGGCCGAUCUACGAAGUAUUGAGGAAGACCGAUCAGACGAUUGACUUUGUAUUAUAUAUCGUGUGUUUCACGAAUUGAACAUUGUAUCCUAUUGGAUAUAUUUACUGUCAAUUGAACAUAAUUGGCUAUUUAUACAAGAUUGUAUAUUUGAUAUAUUUGUGUAAAGAGAAGCUAUAAAUAGUAUUACUCUGGUUACGAAGCCAGUGAUACAGAAACAAUGAU